UGAACUAAACUUUGGGGUUCCUUCGGCCGCACGUGCUUCGCGCGCGCGCGCGAAGAGUUGCCGUCGGGUGCAUGGCCUGGGCCUCGCAAGUGGCGCAGCUGGCGGGCUCCGUGGCGCUGCAGGGCCGCAGGGAGGAUAAGGAGGGCAGCUUGGAGGGAAGGGCGGGCUCCAAGCUGGUGCAGCCCAUCCCGGGUCUGCAGUCGCAGCUGGUGUGUCCAGGGGACGUGGUCUCCGCAGAGCCGGGCGCCUUGCGCGGCCGCGGGGUGGUGGAGCGCGGGGACGGGAAGCUGGUGGCCACCACCUGCGGGGUGGUGGAGCACGUGAACAAGCUCCUUUACGUCAGGCCUCUGAAGCACCGCUACGCUGGCAGCGUGGGAGACGUGGUGGUCGGCCGCAUCGUGGAAGUCCAGGCGGACCGCUGGGCAGUGGAGAUCGGCACAGCGCAGCUGGCGUACCUUCACCUCGGCGCCAUCCAGCUGCCGGGGAACGUCCAGCGGCGCAGGACGGACGAAGACACGCUGAGGAUGCGGGAGUUCUUCGAUGAGAAUGAUCUCAUCUCAGCAGAGGUGCAGAAGGUCCACGAGUCCGGCGAGCUCGCACUGCAAACCCGGAACUCCCGCUAUGGGAAGCUCCAAAACGGGGUGCUGGCCUGCGUGCCCUCGGUCUACGUGCGGCGCCAGGCACAGCAUCUGGUCACAUUGCCCGUUGGCAUCAUGGUGAUCUUGGGCAACAACGGAUGGGUCUGGGUGUGUGCGCCACCGCGGGUGGCAGGCUCAGGACGUCAAGAAACCAUCAACUUCUCUCAGAUGGAUGUGCGAUACCAGAAGGUACAUCAAGAUAUGAGGGAGCGGAUCUCGCGCAUCCGCAACGCCGUGCUUUGCCUCGUGGGCCACGGCCUGGAAGUCACGCCCGACAGCAUCACUCGCCUCUACGACAAGUCCCAGGCCUUGGACCUCGCCGCCUGGGAGCUGCUGGACACCGCGCGCUGCGAGUCGGCGGGGCUCCUUGAGGCCCUGAUGGAGGCCCUCAGUGCCCACUGAUCUAGAGGAAACUGGCAGCGGGAAAGCCGGG